AUGGUCGACUGGAAGGACGGCGAAACCAGCAGCGAGGACUCUGUGUCACCCCUCUUCAACGCCCACGACGACGAAACCUAUAUCCCGCAUACCAUUGUUGACCCCGAGUGGUGUGGCAUUGUUGCCGGAGGACCGGUGUGCUGCCACAACGUUGUUGUGCACAGGGCUGUUGUUUUUCAAGGAAUCAACAUUGGCCGUAGGUUUUACGGAUGUGGUAAUGAGGAGGGAGACAAUUGUGGUCUGGUUCAGUGGAUUGACCCACAGUGGCCAGAACCCAUGAAAAAUGCACUUCGCAAACUUUGGGAUAUGUAUGAGCAGAGUAGCAAAGAGAAUGAAUCCAAAGAAAAGCUCAUAGUGAAGCUUGGAGAAGAGAAGAGGCUAAUCCAGGAGAAGCACCACAACCACAUCAAGGAAACAAGCAUUUUUUUGCAACAGUUCACAAGAAUGUGA